AUGGAGAGAAAUUAUGGGUUUCCACAAGCAAAUAAUGCAGCCGGAAAGGCCAGCCUGGCACCUGAAGUCAAAGUUCUUAAAGAAGUGCUGAAGCAUCUUGAGGCCACGGCUGGGAAGGUGAAGGGCCAGGCCAAAGCCUGGAACCCUUCUCUCACUGGAACUGGAACCCUGAUUCUGGACUUAGAAGAUGUUAAUGACAACGGGCCUGAACCCAGCCCUCGGAACUUUAAGAUGUGCAAUCAGCAGCCUCCUCCCACGCUGCUAGUCAUUACUGACCGUGACACAGCAAAGCACGGCGCACCAUUCGCUGCACAGCUCAUCAAGCAAUCCUCUCAAAACUGGACCAUCACCUUCAAUGAAACUGGUAAUGUUUUGUCUGUAGCCUCCAUUAAAAAACUGGACCCUGGGUUACAUCAGAUUUACUUAAGGCUGACAGAUAGCGGUGGAAUACAGCAAGACACCAUUGUUGAAGUAGAAGUAUGUGAGUGCCACGGAGAUGACAUCCACUGCCAGGGCAAAAACGUGAAAGCUGUGGGCCUGCCAAUCAUCCUGAUGAUUCUGGGUUCAAUCCUUGUGCUGCUGAUCCUACUGCUGCUGCUGCUGCUGUUCAUAAAAAGGAGGAAGAAGACGGAGUUAAAGGACCCCCUCUUGACAGAUGAUGACAGACAAGCAAAUAUCUUCUACUACGAUGAGGAGGGAGGUGGAGAGGAAGACCAGGACUAUGACUUGAGUCAGCUACACAGAGGCCUGGAUGCAAAGCCAGAAAUCAUGCGUAACGAUAUUGUUCCUACAUACAUGCCUGCUCCGCAGUAUCGCCCAUUGCCAGCUGAUCCCAAUGACAUUGGCAACUUCAUUAACGAUAACCUGAAGGCCGCUGACGAUGACCCCACAGCUCCACCAUAUGACUCCCUACUGGUGUUCGACUUUGAGGGGGGUGAGUCUAAUGCUGGGUCACUGAGCUCCCUGAAUUCAUCUAGCUCUGGAGGAGAGCAGGACUACGACUACAUGAAUGAGUGGGGACCAAAGUUCAAGAAGCUGUCUGACAUGUAUGGAGGUGAAGAAGAUGGCUGAGUUCAUGGACCAGAAGAGAAGCCACAUCUGGUUUUAUCUGCAGUGACAGUCAAGUUUUCAUAUUUCUUUCUACAGUAGGGUUGUUCAUUUAGCUUGUUCUGAGCUUUACUCUUUUCUUUUCAAACUCAAUUCUCUUGAAGUUUUUCAGUUUUUCGUGUAAGUCAACUCACAAAUUAAAAGGAACUAUUCUAGUCAGUAGAAAUACAGUUCCUUAUUGCACACAAUGUAAAAUUGAUACAAUGAUAUACAUUGAAAAAUACCUUCUUGUAACAUUUCAGGCUGUUAAGUUUGUCAGUUUUGGGUAUUUAAGGCUCACAAUGACUCAGAUCACCUGAAGUAAUGGAACCACACAGUCACUUUAAAACUAUAUUAUGUUUGUUAAGUAAUGAGACAUGAUAGGAUGUAGCUUAAAGAUGAUUAUUACAAUCUCAUAUCAUUCUGAGAUGUAAAACUGAGUCAUUUAAACACAUGGGAGCUAAGUAAAUCUAUAAGGAACACACUAAAUGACUAUAACACAAUUAUUCACAGCAUUUUGUUUCUAAAACAUGCUUUAUUAUUCAUUACAUGAGUGGCAGUCUUCACACGUGGCUUUAUUUGAAAAUUUGUCAUACUUACAGCAAACAUAUGAACUACAGAUAUUACGGGAUUCUGAGUUUGUUAUACUAGACCAUGGACCACUUCCUAAAAUUAAGAGCACUAAAAGUAGACAAACAGCUACGUUAUCAAACCACAAGCUACACACACAUACACCACACAUAUCCAAAGUGCACAUCAUACCGGCAGAGGUGAGACAAAGCUCCCGACCCACUUGUGUGGGGUACUUUACCCUUCACAUCCAUCUUGCAUUUAUAUGUCAACUCCAAGGUAGUUGUACCGUAAGCUCUUCACAAAACCUGUCUAACUUAUUUCUACCCUCAUUGCAGCUAACCAUGGUUUUGAUCAGAUAAUUUCAGUAGGUGUUCUCUCCAUGCGGGGGGGGGGGGGGGCUUAGCUUUACGUAACCCUUUAAUUUGUAUUCCGGCUCGGAGAUUGUAGCUCCUCAAGGCUGGAUAUGUAUCAGCUGAGAGCUAUUUAAAAUGUCCCUUCUUUCAUUCAUCUACACUGCCACUGAUGAUCAAAAAUCUAUGAAUCAUUAGCGGUGAGAUACACUUAAUUAAACAGUUUUCAGAGACACACGCUUAUCUGUCUAAAUGUCAUGGCUUUAUUCACAGCAUUUGAUACUAUUACGUUUUGUUUUCAUCAGUUUCCCAAGAUUUAGUUGUGAGAUGUCAGAGAAGUUACAGAAAUUCCCAGUGCAAACAGUAUAAAUGGACUUGAGAAUUAUUAAAUUGUAGGGAAUUUGUUUUUGUACAGUAAGAAUUGUCACUACUAUACUUCUAUAGCUGAACAUUAGAACUGUGUUAAGCAAUAUAACAAGCUAAAUGUCACUUAAUAUAAUAUCAUUUGCUGUCAAAACUGUGUAGAACGUCUAUACUUUAUAAAUGUUUAAAACAUGGUUUAAAACAACAUGUUCUUACUGAUAUGCUGAAAUACAUUAUUAAGGUAUAAAUAUUCUUGCUUCCUGGGAAAUGGUUGCCAUACUUUUGAGUAUGUAUAUCGUGAUGUUAUUUUUCAUUUUGCAUCAUUUAUAAAUUUGAAAAAGACAUAAUUGCAUAUUUAAAAUAGUUGAU